GCUGCUCAGCCAAGCCCGCCCGUGUGAAAGGCGAGGCGGCUGCGGCGGGGAACGGAAGCGUUUUUGCCUCGCUUCGGGCACCCUCCAGCGUUGCUCUCCGUUUCCAGCGCCGCCAAACCUCCUCGCUUCCUCCCCUCCCACCCACGCAGCCCCCCUGAACUUGGCGCUCCCCGAAGUGCCGCGGAACUGGGCAGGGAGAGGGAGAAGGGGCUGUCGUCACGCCUUCGAGCGGGGAAGGGAAAGCAAAAAGCCCCAAGUUUCGCUUCCUGGAUGCGCCUCUUGCCUCGGCCGGGCAAGACCAGGCAGAGACGAAGCUCGCCCUGCUGCGACGGGCCGCCGCCGCUGGAGGUAUCCUUCAAAGACCCGCCGAUGGCUGGCGAGAAGACGCGGCGCUUCACCCGCAGCCUGUUGAGACCCAGCGCGGCGCCGUCGGAGCUUCGCCACCACAGCAUCGCCACCGUCGCCAGCAGCCGAAUCCACUUGAGGCAGGAGAAACCCAAACUUCUGGAACCUUUGGAUUAUGAAACAGUCAUUGCAGAAAUUGAGAAGAAUGUUGAAGAUGACCAUCUCAAAGACCUCAUCUUGUUCCCCAAUGAUGACUUUUCAAUAGCGACAGUUCCCUGGGAAAUAAAAACACUGUACCCAUCUGUUCCUGAAGAUGCGGAACAAAAAGCACAACAUUUAUUUGUUAAAGAGGCAUGUAAAUAUUACAAUUCCCAGUGGCAUGUUGUGGACUACAAAUAUGAACAAUACUCAGGAGACUUUAGACAUUUACCGCGGAAUGAAUAUAAACCGGAAAAACUCCCUUCCCAUUCCUUUGAAAUAGAUCAUGAAGACAUUGAUAAGGAUGAAGACACAACAUCCCAUUCAUCUUCAAAAGGAGGUGGUGGAGGAGCAGGGACAGGGGUUUUCAAGUCUGGCUGGCUUUAUAAAGGGAAUUUUAACAGUACAGUAAACAACAGCAUUACAGUUCGGUCAUUCAAAAAGCGCUACUUCCAGCUGACACAAUUGACAGACAACUCAUACAUAAUGAACUUUUACAAAGAUGAAAAGAUAUCCAAGGAACCCAAAGGCUGCAUAUUUUUGGAUUCCUGUACAGGGGUUGUUCAGAACAACAGACUUCGGAAACACGCCUUUGAACUGAAAAUGAAUGACUUGACAUACUUCGUACUGGCAGCUGAAAAUGAGCAAGAUAUGGAUGAAUGGAUUUUUACUCUCAACAAGAUCUUGCAGAUAAAUCCAGAAGGGUCUGCUCAGGAAAGGAAGAGUGCAGACCUCACAGACCUAAAAUUUGAUUCUGAAAACAUGUCAUUGAAUUAUGAUUGCCCAGAAGAGGAAACGGAUUCUUCAGAGAAUAGUUUGCAUCCAGAUUUUUCUAAAUACCUCACAGAAACAGAAGAAACUGUCAGAGCAUCCCGAAAUAUGGAGCGAUUAAAUCUGUUCUCUCUAGACCCAGAUAUUACUGCCUUGAAUCCACAAAGAAAAGAGCUCUCGGAAACAGACUUGUCACUCAAACCUUUUGAAGAGAAGGAUCCAAAGCAGUUCAUGAUGACUUGCAAAUCCCUUAGUUUGAAUCUUCAAGCUUGUGUUUCCGAAAAUGAAAAUGAUCCGGUUACCAAUAUUGAACCUUUCUUUGUGAGUGUGGCUCUUUUUGAUAUAAGGGACAACCGAAAGAUCUCUGCUGAUUUCCAUGUGGAUUUAAAUCAUACUCUUGUUAGACAGAUGAUGGCAGGUUCUUCGUCCUCAUUAGAAAAUGGUACUAUUGAGACUAUUAGCACCAAAGAAGAAGAACCGCAGGUCAAAGGGUUUCCUGAGGAAUGGCUGAAGUAUCCCAAACAGGCCAUUUUCUCCAUAAGUAAUCCCCAUUCUGAAAUUGUUUUGGUGGCAAAAAUUGAAAAGGUGCUUAUGGGAAAUAUUGCCACUAGUGCAGAACCUUACAUAAGAAAUGCAGACUCUAACAAGUGGGCCCAGAAAGUGUUAAAAUCUAACAAGCAAUUCUGCAGCAAGUUGGGAAAAUAUCGGAUGCCUUUUGCUUGGUCUGUGAGACCAGUCUUUAAGGAUAAUCAGGGAAAUAUUGACAGAGAUUCUCGGUUCUCACCUUUGUUCAGGCAAGAAAGUAGCAAAAUUGCAACAGAUGACUUGAUUAAAUUAAUAACAGAAUACAGAAGAGCCGAGAAGAUAAAUAAAAUACAGACAAUCCCUGGCAGUUUAGAAAUUAUUGUUGACUGUGUACCUUUGGAGCAUCCAAAUCGUGUCACAUCAUCUUUUAUUCCAAUCAAGCCAUUUAAUGGUACCAAGGAACAUCAGCCAACUGUAGAAGUGGAAGAAUUUAUCCAAGAAUCUACCAAGUAUUCUCAGACUUUCAGAGUAUAUAAAAACCAAAUAUAUAUCUAUCCUAAACAUCUGAAAUAUGAUAGCCAAAAAUGCUUCAACAAGGCCCGGAAUAUAACAGUCUGUAUUGAAUUUAAAAGUUCAGAUGAGGAAGGAGCCAAGCCAGUGAAGUGUAUCUACGGGAAGCCUGGUGGACCACUGUUUACAUCGGCAGCAUACACAGCUGUGCUGCAUCAUUCUCAGAACCCUGAUUUCUACGAUGAGGUAAAAAUAGAGUUGCCUACUCAACUCCAUAAGAAACAUCACAUUUUGUUUUCAUUUUAUCAUGUCACCUGUGAUAUAAAUGCAAAAGCUAAUGCCAAAAAGAAAGAAGCUCUGGAAACAUCAGUGGGAUAUGCUUGGCUGCCUUUGUUAAAAGAUGACCAGCUAGUGUCUCAAGAACAUAACAUCCCAGUGGCCACCAGUCUGCCUCCCAGUUAUCUAAGUCUUCAGGAUUCUGCAAGUGGAAAGCACAGUGGAAGUGACAUUAAAUGGGUAGACGGAGGGAAGCCACUAUUCAAAGUGUCUGCAUUUGUUGUAUCGACUGUUUAUACUCAGGAUCCAUAUCUGAAUAGAUUUUUCCAGCAGUGCCAAAAAAGGACCAGGGCUCUCUCCCAACCACCUACCUCAAACUUCAUCAUCUCUUGUAAGAAUUUACUUAGAAUUGAGAAGAUCCAUGUAAUUAUGAAUUUUCUUCCUGUGAUCCUGAACCAGCUCUUCAGGGUUCUUGUACAGAAUAAAGAGGAUGAGAUUACAACUGCCAUGACCAGGGUACUUACUGAUAUUGUUGACAAGUUCCAUGAAGAACAAUUAGACCACUGUAUCCAGUCAUAUGUAAAGUAUGUAUUCAGAACCAAGUCAGUUGAAGAAAGGACUGUUCAUGAGGAGCUGGCCAAGAACAUGACUGGUCUUUUGAAGUCAAAUGACCAAAAAACUGUGAAACAUGUUUUAAAGCAUUCCUGGUUCUUUUUUGCAAUUAUCUUAAAAUCAGUGGCACAGCACUUGGUUGAUACAAAAAAGCUCCAGUUUCCUCGCACCCAGAGAUUCCCAGAAUCAUUCCAAAGUGAGCUGGAUACACUCAUAAUGGUCUUGUCAGAUCAUGUGGUUUGGAAACACAGAGAUGCUCUCGAAGAGACGAAGAAUGCAAACCACAGUGCUGGCAGGUUUCUGAAGCGUUGUUUCACAUUCAUGGAUCGAGGAUUUAUAUUUAACCUGAUCAACAACUAUAUUAGUAUGUUUGGACGAGGUGACCACAAGAUUUUAUUCCAAUAUAAAUUUGACUUUCUUCAAGAAGUAUGUAACCAUGAACACUUCAUUCCUCUGUGCUUGCCUAUGAAAUCCGCAAACAUUCCAGAUCCUGUUACACCAUCAGAAACAACACAGCAGUUUCAUGCAUCAGAUAUUCCAGAAUACACUGUGACAAAUGAGUUUUGCCGGAAGCAUUUCUUAAUUGGAUUACUUCUUCGGGAGGUUGGGUUUGCACUCCAGGAAGAUCAGGAUAUCAGACAUAUGGCCUUAGCAGUACUCAAAAAUCUCAUGGCAAAACAUUCCUUUGACGAUCGAUAUGCAGAGCUGGAGAAACAGGCAAAAAUAGCAAAUUUGUAUAUGCCUCUUUAUGGCAUGCUUUUGGACAAUAUGCCAAGGAUAUAUAUGAAGGACAUGAUUCUGUUCAAUAUAAAUACAUCCAAUCAGGGAUCCAGAGAUGAUUUGAGUACCGCUGGAGGCUUCCAGGGUCAGGCAGCAAUGAAACAUGCAAACUCUGUAGAUACCUCUUUUUCCAAAGACGUUCUUAACUCCAUAGCAGCAUUUUCAUCAAUAGCUAUUUCUGCAGCAAACCAUACUGAUUCCAGAGGCUCCUUAGCAAGUCUUGAUUCUAACCCAAGCCUCAACGAAAAGACCAGUGAAGGGACUGAAACCUGUGAAAAGAUUGUAAGACCCUUAUCUCUGAUUGGGUCAGCUCUCCGUUUUGACAAAUUGGAUCAGGCUGAAACGAGAAGUCUCCUAAUGUGUUUCCUUCACAUUAUGAAAACCAUCUCAGAAGAUACACUGAUCUCCUAUUGGCAGAGAGCCCCAUUCACGGAGAUAACAGACUUUUUCAGCAUUUUAGAAGUUUGCCUUCAAAACUUCAGGUAUCUAGGAAAACGAAAUAUAGUGAGGAAAAUUGCUGCUGCAUUUAAGUUUGUUCAAACCACCCAGAAUAAUGGCACUCUGAAAGGCUCCAACUCAUCCUGUCAAACGUCAGGAGUUAUACCCCAGUGGAUACAUCCUGCUUCCAGCAGUGAGACUCACAGGCAUCACAGAUCUCAGACUUUACCAAUCAUCCGUGGAAAAAAUGCCUUUUCAAACCCUAAACUGCUACAAAUGAUAGACAGCACCAUUGCAAGUGGUUCUAAUGAAACUGACAUUGUGAGCUAUGUAGAUACUGAGGCCAACAUUGCCACAGAAGUCUGCCUCACUAUUCUUGACCUGCUAUGUCUUUUCACUCAACACCACCAGAGACAAUUGCAACAAUCCGAUUGCCAGAAUACACUGAUGAAAAAAGUCUUUGAUACCUACCUACUAUUUUUGCAAAUCAAUCACUCUGCAGCAGCCCUCAAACACGUCUUUGCUGCUCUAAGAUUGUUCGUGAGUAAGUUCCCUUCUGCAUUCUUCCAAGGGCAAGCUGACUUAUGUGGCUCAUUCUGCUAUGAAAUUCUUAAGUGCUGUAAUCACAGGUCACGGUCAACUCAGAUGGAAGCCUCCGCACUGCUUUAUUUCUUCAUGAGAAAGAACUUUGAAUUUAAUAAGCAGAAAUCAAUUGUCAGGUCACAUUUGCAGCUCAUCAAAGCUGUAAGCCAGUUAAUUGCAGAUGCCGGAAUUGGAGGUUCUCGGUUUCAACAUUCAUUGGCUAUUACAAAUAACUUUGCUAAUGGAGACAAGCAAAUGAAAAACAGCAACUUCCCAGCAGAAGUGAAAGACCUGACCAAGCGCAUAAGAACAGUUUUAAUGGCUACAGCUCAGAUGAAAGAACACGAGAAGGACCCUGAGAUGCUGGUGGACUUACAAUACAGUUUGGCAAAUUCAUAUGCCAGUACACCAGAAUUACGCAGAACCUGGCUGGAAAGCAUGGCCAAGAUUCAUGCUAGAAAUGGAGACUUAUCAGAGGCUGCCAUGUGCUAUAUCCAUAUAGCUGCCCUUAUUGCUGAAUACCUGAAAAGAAAGGGUUACUGGAAAAUGGAAAAGAUUUGUACCUCUCGUGUGCUCCUGGAAGAUGCUGAACUCUCUGAUAGUAAUGUCUUACUAACAACUCACACUGGAGGAAGCUUAUUUUCAAUGGGAUGGCCAGCUUUCCUCAACAUAACACCAAAUAUUAAAGAAGAAGGAGCUAUGAAAGAAGACUCUGGCAUGCAAGAUACACCAUAUAAUGAGAACAUCCUUGUGGAACAGCUGGAAUUAUGUGUUGAUUAUCUGUGGAAAUCUGAAAGAUAUGAACUCAUCGCUGAAGUUAACAAACCAAUCAUUGCUGUUUUUGAGAAACAGAGAGACUUCAAGAGACUGUCAGAGCUGUACUAUGACAUCCACAGAUCUUAUUUGAAAGUGGCAGAAGUAGUGAAUUCUGAGAAACGCUUGUUUGGACGGUACUACCGCGUGGCAUUUUAUGGGCAGGGCUUCUUUGAGGAAGAGGAGGGUAAGGAGUACAUCUACAAAGAACCCAAAUUAACAGGCCUGUCUGAGAUCUCACAAAGGUUGCUGAAACUUUAUGCAGAUAAGUUUGGAGCAGACAAUGUGAAGAUAAUCCAAGACUCCAACAAGGUUAACCCUAAGGAUUUAGAUCCAAAAUAUGCUUAUAUCCAAGUGACGUACGUUACACCUUUCUUUGAGGAAAAAGAAGCCGACGAACGGAAGACUGACUUCGAAAUGCAUCACAAUAUCAACCACUUUGUGUUUGAAACGCCAUUCACGCUGUCAGGAAAGAAGCACGGCGGGGUAGAAGAACAGUGCAAGAGACGAACCAUUCUGACAACCAGCCACUUAUUUCCGUACGUGAAGAAGAGAAUACAAGUCAUAAGCCAAACGAGCACAGAACUGAAUCCCAUUGAAGUAGCGAUUGAUGAGAUGUCUAAGAAAAUUUCUGAACUCAAUCAGCUUUGCACUAUGGAAGAAGUGGAUAUGAUUAGGCUACAGCUAAAACUACAAGGAAGUGUCAGCGUCAAGGUAAAUGCAGGGCCAAUGGCUUAUGCUCGAGCUUUCCUUGAAGAAACAAACGCAAAGAAAUACCCAGAUAACCAGAUUAAACUUCUGAAAGAAAUCUUCAGGCAGUUUGCAGAAGCAUGUGGACAAGCUCUUGAGGUUAAUGAACGCCUUAUUAAGGAAGACCAGUUGGAAUAUCAAGAAGAAAUGAAAUCUCAUUACAAGGAUAUGCUCAGUGAGCUCUCUGAAGUCAUGAACGAACAGCUCUGUCAUGGUCAAUGCUUAUACAACUUCUCUGCUUCACUGUCUAACAUUUCCCUCAAUACUAUAGCCAAAAGUGAUCAUGUACAAGGAGGAUUCUGCAAAGCAACAAGGAGUGGAACCACCUUAUUCCCAUGCAAUCAGUAAAACAAUCACAACUCCACCUGGACCUCCAGUGCCAUCAAAUACUGACAUUUGAUAGUGAAUUUGACUUUGAAAAGAUUACUAGAGAACUUUGAGAGUAUUUUGGAUAACAAUGUAAGAAAAUAAUUAAGGAUUCCAUGAAAAUGAAAUGUGGUACAUUGUUUAAUUUAUUGAACAUUUUCAGUGUUAAUUUUUUUAAUUGCCAUUUUGGUUUGUUUGUUUUUUAAUGUUAUUGCCUUUCCUCUUAUUUGCACAUUUUCCUAUGGUCUUCUUUGUUAUGGAUCAGUCUUUAUUAAACAGACUGAACAUGAAAUUUUCAUUGAACAUUUUAAGUUUCACAGCAAACCUUAUGUGUGCUGUAAAUGAUAAUAUAAUCUAAUACAAGUCCUAGUAUACAUAUAUUUUAAAGGUCAAAAGUGAAUGUUUUAUAACAUUUAAGUAUAUUGCAAUUGUAAAUAGAAGAUGUGUAAAAUAUGUCAUUUUUACAAAAAAUUUAGUUAAUAAUAAUUGACAUUACUAAAAUGUGGAUAGCAUUUCAAAUACAACUAUAUUAAAAUAUUUGUCUGUGUAGAAUAUAAUCUAUAAAUAUUUCUUCAUGAUAA